GUCCGGGGAGGUGCUCUUCGGCCGCGGCCGCUUCGCUCAGGCGUCGCUGCAGCGGGGCUGGCGCGUGCGCUUCGAGGUGUUCUGCGGCCCUGCCAACGGCGCGGCGGCAGAGCCCGUCGCCUUCGCGGAAGCCCGCGCGGACGACUUGGCGCGGCGGCCGAGGUGGCAGCUGCUCCUGCAGGACCCGCACACCUGCAACCCCGUAUACGGCUCGCCGCCGCGGGGGCGUCUCUCCGGGCCUUCCGCGGAGCCCACCGAGCCGGGCGCGGCCCCCCGCCUUCUUGGCCGUCAGCGUGGAGGUGGUGGCGGGCCUGGACGCCGCACGGCCUGGAGGGGCCGCGGGCGUCGCCGCGGGCGACGGGCCGGAGGAGCACCAUCCCGGGUGCGCGCGGCGCCGGCCCAAGGAGCCCGGCCGCAAGCGGGUGAUGCUCAUCACCCGGGGCACCCGGGGGGACGUGCAGCCCUUCUGCGCCCUGGCCCGGGGCCUGGUGCUGCACCACGGCUGCGAGUGCACGGUCGUCACCGAGCUCUGCUGGAAGGACCUCGCGGACUUCGUGAAGGAUUCGCGUGCCGGGCUGCCAGAUGGCUCCCUGCGCUUCCGGCCGAGCGGCGGCGACUCGGGCGUGUGCAUGGGCAGCCCGAUGGCCAGGUGGGCCCUGCAGCAGGGGCAGCACUCCGACGCGCUGCAGGCGGUCAUGUUCUCCCGCUCCGAGGUUGAGUUCUUCCCGAGCGAGGGCUGCUUCCACCAUUGGGCAUGUGAGGAGGAGCCCGACUUCAUCGUCUUCGGUUUCACGCUGAUGCACAUCGCGAUGAUCCUGUCCGAGUCGUUGAGGAUACCGAUCGUGGGCUUCAUUCUGCAACCGACCCGAGAGAUCCAAUCGCGGCAGGUUCUGACGGUCGUCGACGAGCUGCUAUCGCCGAUCCGGAAGAUCCUCGACGGGCCAGAUUUCAACGACUUCCUCAGGCAGCUGAUGGACAAGUUGGGGAAGGGGGAGAGCCUGCACAGGCUCAGGCGCACGCGCGGGCUGCGCCCGCCGCCGCGGAGGACGAUACUCCUGGGCAGCCACGAGUUCGAGGAGCUCCGGCGGCAGCGCGUGCCGCUGAUCGCGCCGAUCAACCAGGUCGCCAUGGCCGGCCAGCAGCUCCGCUGCCUGCCCGGCCUGCAGUACACGGACUUCAUCUUCCUCCGCCUCGUCCGAGACGAGCUGGACGACGAGCUGCGGGGCUUCGUCGAGCGCGCCCGCGGGGGAAAACAUGGGCGCCAGCUCGUGGCCAUGACAUUCUCCUCCAUGCCCGUGGGCGAGCGGCGGAUGCUGGAGGUCGCCGCCGCGGUUUGCGAGGGCUGUGCGCCGCGGCGCCGCAGCGGCGAGGAGGGGCGCGGCCCUGCCGUAAUCGUCUUGGCUGGCGGACAGGAGGGGGCACGACCUCCCUGGCCCUGGGCUGCUGCAGCAGGCCAGCGCGCUUGA